AUGGCACAGCCGGUUGAUGACCUGUCUCAAUUCGAUAUCUCCAAAGAGGAAAAGGACAAGCUUGUAGCAGAAGUAAUCCGCUACGUGCUGUUCAAGACGCACCACAACUCGGGCUGUCCAAUAAAGAGGGAAGAGCUCACUCAGCUGCUCACCAAAAACUAUCGUCAGCGAAAUCUUCCCACGCUCGUCAUCAACGAGGCUAUACAGAAGCUUUCCACCAUAUUUGGCUACGAAAUGAGGGAGCUUCAAAGGUCUCGUCCCUCUUCCACUAAUCAGGGACGCUUUUCCCAACAGAGUGUUGCAGAGGCAAAAUCCUACGUCAUUUUGAGUAAACUUCCUUCGGAUGUGUAUAAGAAGUAUGUUGAGGAUGAUCGUACGGCUCCUCUCACUGGUUUCACUUUUGUCGUACUAAGUGUUGUACAUAUUUCUGGUGGUAAAACCACUGAAGAGGAUCUUUGGCGUCAUUUGAGACGGAUGGGAUUGGAUGAAAAAAAUGAAAGCCAUCCAGCCCUAGGAAACAUAAAACAAGCACUGGAGACACUUGUCCAGCAAAGAUAUUUGCAGAAAGACAAAGUAAGUGGACCUGAAGGUCAUACUUUGUUCUAUGAGCUUGCUGAGAGAGCUUUAGACGCGCCAGUUAGUGACAGCAUUAAAGCGUACAUAGCACAGUUUGUGCAAGGCAGUGCUGUAGAGGGAGAUGUGAAAUCAGCAAUCUAG